GUGACACUGAGUAAAACACAGCACAUCCUAAAACCCCUCCUAACACAGGGGCGGGUCAUCAUAACUGUUUCUCUCCAGCUCACUAUAUAACACAGUAUCUGCCUUCUGUAAACUCCCACCAUCUUCAGGACCAGAACGGCAAUAAUCCCAGCCAGCACCUUCCUUCACAUCUGGUCACCAUGUCUCACGGACCAAUCUACAACCCAGUAAGUACAUCUCUCUGGGCUGUCUGGGCAUCCACUGAUAAUCACUUGGGACAGACUCAGCAGUAUCCCCUCUCUCUCAAUGCACAUUCCUUACUGCCUCCCUUGCUCCCUGUGUUAUAAAAAGUGUCUGAGUUUUCCCUGCCCCCUCAAUACAUUAGUUCACAGGGUUAUUGGGCAAACUUAACAAUUAUUGUUAAACGUUUUCUGUUAAAAUUGCUUCAUUUUGCAACACUUGUGUGAGGGAGUGUGUUGGGGUAUCUAAAACAAUGCAAUACAUGUCAGUAUCCUUCCCUUUUAAAUGAACAUUUGCCAAUUCUUUUGCCAACGAGAAUCUGUUUUUGAUUACAAAUCAUGUGAUUGCAUAUGGAAUUGUUUAAUAUGUUCCAUUUCCUGCACAUAAUGUUCAUUGUUGUUGAAGAUAUGCUGUUUCCUGGACCUGUUGGUUUAAGAAUAUUUUAACCCCUGCUGGAGGCUAAACUAUGCACAACCGAGUCAUAAAAGUAACAUAUAUAUAUAUAUAUAUAUAUUUUUUUUUUUUUAAUUCAGAAUAUAUUGAUAUGGAAUCCAAGCUCCUACAAGGGUUGAUUUAGUUUUUUCACUUUGUUGAAAGAUAGACAGCAGUUUACCAUAUGCAAAACAAAUAACAAAAACCCUACAAGAUUUGUAAGCCAGUCAACUUGCUGUGGUAGGAUAUUACUAUGUGCCAGGGGUAGUCAACCUUUUUCUACCUACUGCCCACUAAUGCAUCUUUCUUGAUGGAAAAAUUUCAUUACCGCCCACCAGUUUUCGCGAAAGUGUGGAAUAUUUUUUAGAAAGGAGGGUGUUUAAAAAAAUGUACGUACAUUUAUCUUUUUAUUUCUACUUUAUGCAUGUUUAUAAUGUUUUUAACUUUGUAGAGUUUAAUGGGAAAACAAUAAAGUACAUUGAAAUUACCUUUUAACUAGUGAUUAAUGAGAUCCUUGAGGCUGAUGCUGCGAGACUAAAUAUUUGAUAUCUGGUUUGAUUUUCGUAAGGAACAAACGAAGGUCUCCUCUUUCGGUGAUAUUCAGACGAUUUCUCUGUUUGCUCAUAAUGUGAUUUCUCAUCUGUGUGUCAGCUCCCCUCCUCUCCCUCCUCAAUCCCCACACACACACUUUUUUACCUUUUUUUUUUUACAUUCCUUAUAGCAAUGCCCAGCAGGAAGUCUGAGCUACGUAGUCCACUUACUAUUAUUAGCCAACAACAGCUCUCUCCUUUUCCUUUUUAUAUUUUUUAUUUACCUUCUUUCUCCUUUUUACAAGUACUCUGCUCCUUCUUUCUCCUAUUCUACAAAUACUCUGCUCCUUCUUUCUCCUUUUCACAAGUACUCUGCUCCUUCUUUCUUCUUUUUACAAGUACUCUGCUCCUUCUUUCUCCUAUUCUACAAGUAAUCUGCUCCUUCUUUCUCCUAUUCUACAAGUGCUCUGCUCCUUCUUUCUUCUAUUCUACAAGUGCUCUGCUCCUUCUUUCUUCUAUUCUACAAGUGCUCUGCCCCUUUUUCUCCUAUUCUACAAAUACUCUGCUCCUUCUUUCUUCUAUUCUACAAGUGCUCUGCUCCUUCUUUCUUCUAUUCUACAAGUGCUCUGCUCCUUCUUUCUUCUAUUCUACAAGUGCUCUGCUCCUUCUUUCUCCUAUUCUACAAAUACUCUGCUCCUUCUUUCUUCCAUUCUACAAAUACUCUGCUCCUUCUUUCUCCUAUUCUACAAAUACUCUGCUCCUUCUUUCUUCUAUUCUACAAGUGCUCUGCUCCUUCUUUCUUCUAUUCUACAAGUGCUCUGCUCCUUCUUUCUUCUAUUCUACAAAUACUCUGCUCCUUCUUUCUUCUAUUCUACAAAUACUCUGCUCCUUCUUUCUUCUAUUCUACAAGUACUCUGCUCCUUCUUUCUCCUAUUCUACAAAUACUCUGCUCCUUCUUUCUUCUAUUCUACAAGUAAUCCGCUCCUUCUUUCUCCUAUUCUACAAGUACUCUGCUCCUUCUUUCUCCUUUUUACAAGUACUCUGCUCCUUCUUUCUGCUUUUUUUAACAAGUACUCUCCUCCUUUAUUUUAUCCUCUUUUUCUAUUUAUCUUUCCUUUUUUUUUUUUUUUUUUUUUUCUUUUUAUCUCCUUUUUUCAUCCAUUUUUUUACCUUCCUUAUGGCAAUGUACAAGAGUAAGGCUGAGCUAGUUAGCCCACUUAUUAUUAUUAGCCAACAACAAUUCUCUCCUUGUCCUACCUAUAACUUUUUUUUCUCCUAUUUUACAAUUGCUCUGCUCCACUUCUGCCUGCCCCUGCUAAAAUCCCUACCACCCACCUGGAAUCCUGAAACGCCCACUAGUGGGUGGUAGGGACCAGGUUGACGACCCAUGCUAUGUGCUAAUGACAGAUUGCAAAAUGUACCUGAGGUGCAUUUGCCGUCACUCACAAAAUGCUUGUGAUAUUUUUUAAUUAAUGUAUUGUGAAAGUAUUUACAUAACUUGCAACAUCUAAUUAUUUAUAUAUUGAUAUUGUAUCGCAGCCAGUUCCAUUCACAACACCUUUUCCAUAUGGUCUGAAUGAUGGCACACUUGUGGUUAUCAGUGGCAAUGUUACUCACUCAGGUGACAGGUAUGUUGUGUACAAUUUUCCAAUAUCUGUUUGUGCUAAUCUUUGCUGUGUCUGUCUGGCGGCCAGGAUAUACUGUGUCGUGUUAAUCCCCAAUGCUGUGUUUUCUUAAGAGUGCCAGAGGAUAUUAAUGAAACAUUACAGAAUAUAUAAAUUUUUUAUAGAACACACUCGAGUAACCACAUUUCACAUUUUACAAAUCAUAGUUUGCGGAUUUUAACUAUAGGCGGUAAGACAAACUUGAAACACAAAAAAGAGUAAUAUAAAAUCUAUAAAAUUAUUACGAUUGAGCAGCUGUUGCCAUAGAAAGCAACACAACACAAAAACGGUUGUCUAGCAAUAUAACAAUAAAUAGGGUGGCGCUCAGUAUAGUAUAACAAAAAUGUAUUGCAGCCAAUUAAAGCAAAUAGAAUUGCAAACCCCUAGUGUGAAUAUGAAUACUGGUAUUAAAACCCUGCAAAUAGCACAUAAAAACUACAGAAAUAUAUAAUAGUAUAUAGACACUUCAUGGGUGAACAAAUCUCAUUCACCAGAGUCAGCAGUUCAAAAGACUGAAAUAAACAUGUAUAAAAUGCUGGUAUCUGUAUAACCUUGUACGAGUACAAUGUGGGUAUCUCCUCAUACACUCUAGUUCUGGCUCAUCAACCACAGAAAUAAACAGAGCAAAAUCAAGGUAAUACGUAAAAAAAAAAAAACAAAAAAAAAAGUGCCACAACAGUGUAAGCGAAGUGCAAGUGAAUUUCAAAUUUAAGUUUAAAAAAGCUAAACUGGAAAAAUCUCUAAACCUUAUCUUAUGUUUUUAAUUUGGCUACUCUGAUCUUAAAUUUAAAAUUGACUUUGAAUUCUCACUUUAUUAAAUAACCCUGUAAGCGAUCCAAGAUAGUAAACUCAACACUUUUUGAUGUUCCAACAAUCCAAUGGAUGAAUACGACACACUAUUGGGAACGAAUUUUUGUGCAGUAAUAGACUUUGGUGUCUACGCGUUUCGUUCAUGGUGCAAACUUUGUAAUGGCUCACAUGAAUGAUUGUCCAAAGGAGCUUGUUGAAUGAGUUUAUGAGGAGACACUGACAUUGCACCUAUUCUGAGCCUAUACAGAAACCUGCAUGUUAAUUUAAUCUGAAGUGCCUGUAAACUGUUUCAUAUAUCGCUGCGGGUUUAUGCACUAUUUACAAAGUUUUAAUAUUGGUAUUUAUAUUCACACUAGGAAUGUGAGUACUAUGUGGCCUAUUUUUCAAUCAAUAUUUUUUUAUAUAUAUAUAUUAUCUAGCACCACCCUAUUUAUUGUUAUAUUCACUGCUGGCAGGUGUGCAAUAUGAGCCAAUAAAGUACAGCAAAAAAAGUGGCAAAACAUGACUAGAUUAGCAUUAGAAAUUUAAUUUAACUUUUUAAGCUGUAGCACGUGAUGGCUAUCAUAGGGUGCUGUCAAAGCAUCUGUUACCAUUUAUUAAGCCAUCAACUGAUAAGUAUGUAUUAUUUUACAUUACUUGAUUUAAUUUACUUGCACACUUGUGCACUUAUGGGUACUAGGAUCACAAAGAUACCCAAAAAUAGUUGUAUGAUUGAUCGUGCUUAUUUAUAUCAAACGUCAGGUUCUAAUUAAUUAAUACACACAUAUAAAAUGGAAUCGAAACAUUUACUAAGAGUUAAAAAAUUACAAAACUGCAACACAAGUUCAUUUAUAUCUAAAUUGUAUCUGGUCAUAUUAGUGAGACCUAUCAUCUUCCCUAUGUGUGAUUUGGCCCUGGAUGAUGAUGUUGUCCAUUAGCUUUGGGGUUAUGCCUCUAUUUAGGUCUUCCUUCCUUGGGCUCAGCCCUGUCGUGGUUUAUAUUGCCCGUGAGUGCAGUCUCUAUAUUUGGUGUUCUUGUUACUAAUGUGUCUUCAUAAAGACCAUUCUGCUUUUCUGUGUUCUUGACCCUAGUUUUGUAAUCAUUUUAUGAGUGUUCCUUGACUUGGCCCUGGCUUCCAUUCUGAUACUAUAUUUUUACCUAUCUUGGGCACACGUUAAGCAUAUCACACUCUUUUACUUCACACUAGCUACUGUUUCCUGUUCUCUGUGUGUAUGGGGUUACCCCAACCUCACAUAUGCAACCUGUCCAAUGCUUUCUCUGUCCAUGCAAUGUUUUGCAUUAGCAUAUCUGCAAGAUUACAUAUACACUUUAAACUACUAUGUUUGUGUCAGGUAUAAAACAUAUCUCUUUAAUAUAUAUUUACACAAUUUUUAGGUUUGCUGUAAACUUGCAGUGUGGACACGGUGGAAAAGAUGACAUAGCUUUCCAUUUUAACCCACGUUUUGAAGGGGGUAUUGUUGUCUGCAAUACCAUGGAGCAUCAGAACUGGGGCUCCGAAGAAAACAAGAGGGAAAUGCCUUUUCAUCGUGGACAGCCGUUUGAGAUCCGAAUCCUUGUUUCACAUCACAGUUACAUGGUAAGUGUUUUUCAAAAUAUUCUAUAGCUUGGAUUAAGGGGUCAGUCACCAUAGUAGCAUAAUACCAUAAUAUAAACGAAUAAGAGAGUGCACUAAGGCACUCUACAACAAAUAGAAAAAAGCUGCCAGAUACUAUAAAAACCUUCCCAAGUUUUAAAACUAUAAACAAGAAAUUAAAUAAAAUUAGUAUAGGCGCUUAGGGAAAAAAUAAUGAUAUCAUAAUAUAAUAAUAAUUCCAAAAGUGAGAAUUCCAAAGUCAGUAUUUUGAAAGGAUAUGUCCACGUUGUUAAGGGAAUUAUAACGGUUGAAAAAUAGUCUCUGUCCUCUGUAGCUUAAGUCAGUUUCGUCUGAUGCAUCAUAGUAUCCAACCUUAAAUAAAAAAGGAUACUAACAUAGUGUAAUUCCGUAACAGUUUAUUUCUAGUGAUGUCCCGAAUGGUUCGCCGCAAACGGUUCGCCGCUGACUCAUCAUUGAGUAAACUUUGACCCUGUACCUCACAGUCAGCAGACACAUUCCAGCCAAUCAGCAGCAGACCCUCCACCCUCCUGGACAGCUCACUAAGAAUGCAGCUUCACAAUGAAUGUAAAAUGGAUGCUGUCCAGGAGGUGGGAGGGUCUGGGAGGGAGGGUCUGCUGCUCGGGACAUCACUAUUUAUUUCUCAUACAUAAAACCCUCCUAAAUAGAAACUCUUCUAGGAUAUCGUGGUGGAACUUAUUUCAAAGUGCCACUAUGUAAGCAUUGGUACAGUACAGUGUACUAGCCGGAAUAUUGAUGGUUACCGCUCAGCUAAUAGAAGUAUGCAGAUCGGUCCUGUCAAUGUGCACUCAAACCGAUCUCCUUGCAGAGACGCCGGCUGUCAGGUACUGCUCUAGUAGUUCUCUCAGUUCAAAAUUAAAAAUUCCCGCCAGAUUAGAUCUAUGUGUUUCACCUGUUAGAUCUUGCUUUCUCAAAAUGGAUAAUCUGGGGGAUUAGAGUUGAAUAUAUACACUCCCUGAUUACAUAUCAUGGGUGUGUGAACACUUAUGUGUUCUGGAUUAAAAAUAAAUACUUCUUAUCACAAAACAUAAUAUACAUACAUGCAAUCUAACAUAAAGUGCUAGUUUUCCCCACAAAUUAAUUGUAGUAUACAAAUUAAUCAAAGAAACUAUUAUCUUUAACACAUUUUCUUACUUGGGUAUCCAUACUUCGUAAUUGCAAAAAAAACAUUAUUUUUGCGAACAGUCUGAUAUUUAACUUGAAAUUUCUUUGCUCCCAGUUCAGGCAUGAGUUAAUUUCAACAGACAUAUUAUGUUCUUAUAUAUUAAAGUAUUGUAAAUUAUUUAAAACAAAUAUUUAAAUAAAAAAAGAAAACAAAUAUAUAUCCACAUAAAGAGAUUUAAGCACGAUCUCAAUUUAGUUGAUAUCUCCAUUCUGGAGUCAUCGAAUCAGCAAAAGUAGAAUAAAAUCAGAUAUAUAAAACAAGAUCCAGUAUUUUCAUCUAUAUUACCUGCUAAACCUAGAUUCAUAUUUAGAGGGGCACCAACACUUAAAGAUAAAUUAGCACAAAGCUACACUAGACCAUCACCAGAAACACAUUUUUUGAAUUCACAUAUAGGUUUUUUCAAGUGUGGUACUUGUAGAAUUUGUAAAAUAGUGGGUCCACCUUUUGGAAAACCCACAGAAUUUUAUUCUACAAUUACAAAGAAGAAAUAUAAAAUAAAAGAAUGUAUAACGUGUAAUUUAAAACAAAUUAUUUACUUACUAAGCUGUAGCUGUGGUCUACAAUAUGUAGGGCAAACAAAAAUUUUUUUGAAAACAAGACUGGGAGAACAUGUGUAUAACAUCAAUAGGAAAUUUGAAAAGCAUACAUUGUCCUACCACUUUAAGACCCAUCAUGACAGCAAUCCAGCCUCCCUGAGUUAGUGUGGGGUCCAACAAAUCAAAGUGCCUUGGAGGGGGGGUAACUUAAUCAAAAACAUUACAUAUAGAGAAACAUACUGGAUUUAUAGCUUAAAAACAUUAGUCCCAUCGUGGCUGAAUGCGGAGUUUGAAAUCACUAAUAUUUUAUGAUUUGAACAUACUUUUUAGCAAAUUGUUUAUAAAGUUUUUUUUUAAACUGAAGAGUUCGAAAUUAGGUAAUCAUUUCUGAUUUCUAAUUUAUUUUAAAAAUAAAUUUUAUAUUUCUAUAUCUGAUUUAAUUCUACUUUUGCUGAUUCAAUGAAUUCAACUUCUGCUACAGAGGACACAGACUAUUUUUCAACCGUUAUAAUUUCCUUAACAAAGUGGACAUAUCCUUCCAAAAUACUGACUUUGGAAUUCUCACUUUUGGAACUUAUUAUUAUAUUGUGAUAUCAUUAUUUUUUUCCUAUAUUUGAAAAAUAAGGGAUUAUCGGCUAAGCGCCGAUACUAAUUUUAUUUAAUUUCUUGAUCAUAAUACCAUACCUUUGUAACGUUUUUGGUGCAGAAGAAUGGCUUAUAUUUGCAGUACUAUGUGAGAAUCACUGCACCCCCUGUAUUUUAUCUUCCAAGUUGCUUCUGUCAUUUGUGUGAUCUUUGUCAACUCGCCAGAGAGAGAGACAAGUGAAGAAGGUAUCCUGGUUCAGAAAUUCUGAAGUGCCGGUAUUUGUUUCUUUAAUACUCAGCAAAUCUCUGCAGAUUUAGCAGCAUGAGAUGUAUCGUCCACAAUAAUAAGGGGAGGAUUUAUCAAGGCUAAUCAUGUACUUUUUGGGUGCAAAGUGCUGAAUGUUGAGCGACAUUCUAUUGGUUUCCAUGGUAAAUGGACCUUAUAUAGCACUUUGCACUGGAAUAGAACCUGUUUCGCAUUGAUAAAUCUCUUUUUCUGUGCUACAGCUAAGCCACAGCAGUCUUCAAGUGUAAUUUAUCGUGUUGUCAUUCUCAAAUUAUUUCUUUUUUGUUCUUGUAAGGUUUCUGUGAACAGAAAUCACUUUGUGGAAUACAAACACAGGAUCCCCAUCCAUCGAGUCAAUACCUUGAAUAUUAAUGGAAGUGUUGCUUUAACAAGUGUUGAUAUCCAGGCACAGGGGGUAAGAAUCAAUAUAUAUUUUAUAUUGCUUUUUCAUGUAAUAAUAAGCUGUAAAUGUAAGAAGCAAAGAUCAUCAUGACUGUCCCAAUCAUAACAUUGCAGAACUUUAGCAACAUCCUUUUGGUUUAAUUUGUUAAUUUGUCUUGAUUUUAUGAAAUGUGGAAUUUGAUCAAUUUACAAAAAUCUGAGUUUAAAGCAUUUUUAAUAAAGUGCAUUUUGGCAAAGUAAUGUAAUGUUGGGAAAUGAUGUAUCCCUACCACAGUAAUGUAACUUAAUAAUAGAAUAUAGUGACUUGAGCCAAUAUUGAGCCAGCACUUUGUAUGUUGAUCGCUUGGAUACUAGUAAAGUAAUAUUAGCAGGCCUGUCAUCAGUGGGGAAACCAUUAAACAUAUAAAACUAAAAAAUAAAUGUUCUGUCAGUUCUUUCUCUCUAAUCUUCUCUUGGUCAAACUUACAAUGUCGCUAUUGGAUGCAUCCUUUAGUCUUCAUGGCUGGGGCAUUAAAAAUUACCAUGGGUUCAGUAUUUUGCAUAUUUUUCCUGGUUUGUGUGUGGAUGAAUCACACUAUUUAUGUAAGUGACAAACCUAAAAUAAAAUAAUUAUUUAAAAAAUGGAAACCUGGGGUCCGUAGCAUUCCUCCAUCCUUCAUCUCACUGCAUGAGUGGAAAAAAUAAAUAAUAUGAGUUCCCUAAAAAGGUCUGUUAAACAAAGGGCACUAUGAAUGUUCACCCAUUCCCAGUAUGUAGGUAUAUAAGGGUAACAAUGUCCCUCACUCUUUACCAGUCACCUUUGGGAUAGAUAAAUAAAUAGUUAAAUAUGAAUUCCUUAAUUUCUCUGCCCAGGCAUGAUGUUUAGGAAUUUGAUUUUGUUAUUGAAUGUACUAAAAAGCUAAAUGUAAUCUAAAUUAACAUAUACAUAUGUUUGUGUGUUUAAGUUCUUUCUAUUUCAGCUGCAUUUCUCUAUAAUACAUUUUAUGUUUAUCUUUUACAUGUACAUUAUUUUCUCUUUUAGGCGGGAUUCUUAUCACAAAUGAACAAUGUAAGUUCCAGUUAAAUCACAAAAUGCAUAAAAAAAUCUCAAUUCAUUCUUUAUGUGAAUUCCCAAUAUCGUAUAAAAAUGUAGUCUAUGGGAAUGUAGAUAAAGAACUGAUUAAUGAAGUCUAGAUUUUCAGGAGAUAAGCAUAAACGGUCUGCAUUCCGAUAUAUUGUUCUAUAAAAAUCUUAAAAACAUUUCCACUACUUAAAGGGUUAACAUUAGAAGAUGUUUAGUGUAAUGGCCAUAACAGAAUAAUGUAGUCAUUUUUUGAUAAAAAGGGAAAUAAAACAUUUAGUGCAAUAUUCCUGUAGUGAUAAGGAAAUAUCACUAAAUGAAAAUACAAAGGGGAUACAUAACAGUAGGUAUGUGUUAUUGGAAAAUAAUAUCACUGAGGAGAGAUUUCAGCUCCAUAAAAUUCCUCAACCCCCAAGCAGAUGCACACAAUAGUUUAGUGUAGCAGCAUUGCUUUCAUCAAUACAGUAUAUAGACCAAACUGAAACUAGAAAGAGUCUGAUGAAAUUGCAAUAAAGUUAAAGGGAUACUCCAGGCACCAAUACAACUUCAUGUAAAUUAAGUUGUUAUGGUGCCAGGAGGCCACUGUAAGCACUCUUACCUAAAGGGGCUAAACUGUUCUCAAAUGGUCUAACUCAAAAGUUGCCUUCGGCGGCAAUAUCCACUCCCACCCCCCAGGUGGCAUUCAGUUUCUAAAUUUUUUGAUUCAGGAAUUGCGGAGUACUGUCGACAGAGGUGUCUCUGAUUGUCUGAGAGCGGUCAGCUGACACUCUCAGCCAAUCAGUGACUUCCCAUUUAAUAAACUGGCUUGAAAAAGGUACUUUUCUUUCCUAGCCUGUUAGAGUGUAACAUUCUGAAUUGUACAGACUACAGUAUGCAUCCACUAGGAGUCAUUGAGAGAGUCCAGAAGCAAUAGGUUGGUAUAAGGCUUUGAACACUGUGGCAGCAAUGGCCUAAGGUCCAUAGCAGGUUGGACAGCCUUUGCUUUAACAAAGCAAGAAUGAAAGGGGAGUUGACAAGGAAUUCUUAUUCAUGAUAAGUAAAGGGUCAAAAUCAACAAAGUCUUAGUAAUUGAGUCCUCAUUGAGGGAGGGCAGGUAAGGUGAGUUUCAUUUGCCUUAACCUGUCCCUUGCGGGCACCCCAAUCCUUCUUGUCCUGCUCCUCUUCUCCUGCUGUAUUCAUGCGGGUGAGUACAGCAUUGAGGUCUGUGGAGAAUCUCACAAGAUAUGGCUUUCUUAGACACAGCCAAUUCCCAGCAGCCAUCACUGGUGACAGCAGUCGGGACUGACACUUUGACUCCGUCGUCUGUGUAUAUUUCUUAACUAGGUUGUAAUUUCAGAGAAAGAUUCUGUAUUUAUCAUUUUCCAGGGGGGAGGGAGAAUAGGGGUGAGCGUGACAGUGCUGCUUUAAAACCUUGUUAAUUUAUUCACAUAUAAUCUGUUAGACAUAGUAGCUGUCCUUAGUUACAGUAAAUAGUCCUAAUUUCUAUUCAGGAUCCUAAUUCUACUGUCAUAAUCUUCUGACAAUACGUAGAGUCCCUAUAAAUCAGUUGUGCUAUUACAAUGAACCUGCCAUUUAUGCAAGGUUUGUAUGUUUAAAAAUGUAUGUGCCUUUAUACACAGUAAAUAUAUAUUAAUCUUGCAUUUCCUUCUUUGUUUAAAACAUAGCAACAACAGACAAUGUGUGUUUAUCCUUCCACACACAAAUUGCUAAGUGCAUUUCUUGCACACAGCAUUAUGGAAAACACUGAUAUGCUGUCAUCAUGCAUAGCUCUGGCCAUCUUUGUAGUUUUUACCACUGUCUUGUGGUGUAAUCCUUAUUAAACCUCAGUUUAAGAAUGUUAUUGAAUCUGUACAUUUUUCAUGUUAAUAUGAUACAGUUUAUGAAUUUAAAAGCAAUGCGUUGUAUGUGUUGGUGUUUGGGGCAUAUCUGUUCAUGUUCAUGUUUUGUACGUUUUUUUUAUUGUCAUUUGAUUGUUUUGAUGUUUUUGGUUUUCAGCCCGCAUUCGCCCCACAGCCAGGAUUUGCACCACAACAAUUUCCCGGUGGACCUGCAUUUAAUGUAAAAUAUUUUUUUUUAAAUAUGUUUGCAGUACUUACCAUUAUUUCUGAGAAUUACUAUUUUACGUGUUGGAGCUAAGUGACCUUGAGAUGUACUUUGCUCCAUCUGGGAUUUAGGCAGCUAAAACCUAGAGCUUAGUGAAUGAUAAAAUGGUUAAUUCAUUAAGCAGAACUGUUUUUUUCUCUAAUGAUAUGAGAAUGUUUCUGUAUGUAGUAAUGCAUGUCAUCCUGUCUACUGGUUCUUUGGGAGUCAUAGAUCGUACCCUUUACUGGUCCCAUAGGUAAUUAUCCGGUUUGAAUUAUGAGAUUUAUGAUUCAACAGCUGUGAGAGUUGAGACAAUCUCACUUCCUUUCUACUUAUUAUAGUUCACUCACUAUAUUGGCCACAUUAAGUUAAUGACAAAUUCAACUUGUUUUGUUCAGGACAAUAAUGCUAAUACAUACAUGUAUGGCAAAGACUGUGCAUAAUGUAUUUUAUUAUUUUGUUUUGUGUGUCCAAUGUUGUCUUUGUUAAGCCAACUUCAAUGUUGCAUACUAAAUGUUCAGUUCUUCUGUGUCAUCUCAGCAAGAACGCCAUGGAUAGACUGUGCAUGGAAAAAAAUGCAGUUCAGCCAAAUCAAUUCAAUCUAAACAAACAGCGUGUGUGGUCUGGAAUCCCAUCGUAGGGUGUUUCAGUUGCAAUGACUUUUGGACAAGCAAACUAUUUGGGAAAAACAAUUAGCAUGAACCAAAAGGGCAUGAAAAUUGGCCAAUCAGUGUACUGCUAAAUAUAUAGAUAGUAACGAAUAACUGAUAGGCGCUUUUGGUUCACAGAUCAAGUAAGACAAAGUAACCAAUAGAAGGGGGAAAAGAAAGAGCAGUAAAAUAUAUAUAUAUAUAUAUAUAUAUUGCAUAGUUAUUAAAUAUACAGUAUAAUAUAUACAUUUUACUGCUCCUCCUUUUUCCCCCUCUGGUCACUCACUUCUCACUUGAUCUGUUAAUAAAAUCAAGAUUUAGUGGGUAGCUCCUAACCAACAAUCAUCUUUUUUUCCUUGAGUGAUCAUUUAAAAAAAUAACAAUUUUUGUUGUCAUGGAUGGAACUCUGAAUCAUGAAUCAAAUGAAACUACUUAUCCAUUUUGUUAGUUUUGUGAAUCGGUCAUAUGGUAAUUCAGAUCUGAGGAAUUGCGACAAACUGCUGAUCGUCCAAAAUUUGAAUGAAUCGUAAUUUGUUUAUAACUGAAUGCACAUGUCUACUGGAUAUUAUGUUAAACUCUUACAUGCUAAAGUCCCUUAUAAACAGUGUUGUGGCUUUGUAUCUCCUGUAUUUUUUAUUUGGUAUGUUUUUUGAAAAGCUUAAUAUAUUUUUUUUUUUCAGCCCGGCCAGUUUCCUGGAGCUCCAAUGCAGUUUGCUAAUUUUGUAAGUUUCUUAACUGUUUGAUCACAUUACCUUUAGUUAACAGCAAUGGUUUAGUCAUUGAAGUUAGGAUGGUUGUUCCAAACCCAGUCCAGAAGGCAUACCUGCUGUCCAGGACUUGUCAGUAUCUUAUUGGAACAGAAUUGAGACAAAAUCUUGUACUGUUGUUGAGGUUUGAAGAUUGAAUUUGGAACAAAUGAAAUAAGAUAUACACAUAUAGUAUAUUAAUUAACAGGUUUCUUUAUUUCUGUAAUUUUGUUUGUGAGAGAUGAUAUACUUUAUAUUUUCUUUGAAUUUCAUUGUAAUAUUUGGAUGAAUCUGCUGUUUUUAUGCUUUACACAAUGUAAGAUUAACAGCUGGUAUACAUCAUUUUUGUGUGUGUAUUGUUUUUUUUUGUCACUCAGAACAUUACACAAGAAAUAUAAAUAUGCGGUAACUGCUACAAGUGGUACUCUGAAUUUCUACUUACUGUUCCCAUCCUAAAUUUUGAAAGCCUGUAUCCAGGAUGCAGUUUGCCAAGUCCACAUUUUGAAACUGGAAAAAAUGAAUAAAUGAGCCACAACACCAACAAAAAGUAAUGUUAUUUAUUCCACCAGUAGAUGGACAUGACAUAUUUUUUGACCCAGUGCUGGUCUUUGUCAGGCCAGGUCAACAGUGAGCACAUUUUUAAAAGUGCUAAAAUACACAAAUGAAACAAAAAUAAUGGAUCACCAUGGUAAUCAUUAGGAACCGUAUAUCAUGUGAUGUAUUUAUGCUGAAUCAUGUGACAACUAAUAUUUAUGUGACAAAUCAUGUGAUAUAUUCAUCAUGUGAUAAGACCAGUGUGACUGAAGCUCCCGUGCCACAACUUUCUGGAGAGGCAUAAAGGAUAGCUUCCUGCCCACAGACUAUGGAAGUAGUCCCAGGAGCCCCUAAAGGGGGCUAUUGUCUCUGUACGUAUGGGGCCCCAGAUGCUUGUUGUAUUACAACAGUAUCCCAGUGCCCAGAGACCCUUUUUUUAAUAUGGUGUUGUUAUGGGUGCCUGUAUGUUUUCCCAUAUGAUUUAGUUAUAUGUAUUAAAUGGAAUGUUUGGAUUGUCCAGGUUGUGUCUUUGACACUAAUGUAAUUAAGUUUUGUAGUGUAAUUGGUUACUAGCCCAAGUCCAUUUGCUAUUGGUUGGCUUGGGAUAGGCAGUGUAAUUGGUUACUAGUCCAAGUUCAUCUGCUAUUGGCUGGCUUGGGAUAAGUAGUGUAAUUGGUUACUAGUCCAAGCAAUCAGUGAUGCAGAGCAUGAGUACGUCCAGCGUCAUUUUUUUUGCAACCUAGAAUUUGUUAAACUCCAGGAAGCACCUCUGGUUUCUCUAAAACUGCAAUGUUUUACAUUGCAGGACUAAGGGGGGUUGGGACACUGCACCCAUACCACUUCGAUGAGAUGAAGUGGCCUGAGUGCCUAUAGUGUCCCUUUAAUAAAAUCUCUAUUAACUCUCUGUUGUUGUUGUAUAAAUCAUUUGCACAAAAAUUACUAAUACUAGUUAAUAUCUGAUUAGUCUUACAUUCGUGUUAUUUUUAUCUAUAUUUAUUGAACCUAAUGGUGUAUAUUUAUUAUUUAAUUUUUUAUUUAUUUUGUUUUUAAUUGUAUUCAGCAACCAAUUUCAGCACAGUAUAUUAUUUAAUCAGCCACGAUUAAUUAAUUGCAAAAUAUAUUCGGGACCGGGGACGGGGGGUUGAAACCAUUACGGGACCGGGGAUGGGGGGGUAGAACCACUACGGGACCGGGGAUGGGGAGAAAAUUACUCUUAAGAUGAUUAUUAAAGUAGCAGACAUGCCAAUAUUAAUUUAGGUAAUUUAGGUGUAUAUGCAAUAACAGUAGGACAUAAAGAAACAUUUCGGUUCUCUCUAAAAGGUUACUACCACUUAAAACAUUUCGGUUGUGAUAAAUUUUCUCCAUAAUUCAAAAUUUACAAGAAAAAUAAAGAAUAAAAAGAAUAAAAAUAGAAACUACAAAUAAAAUAAAAAUAUGAAAAAAAUACAUAAUUAGCACAAACAGCAUAUUGGGCAGUGUUCACUUACCUCUGCAGUAAUAUUGUGACUUUUUGUGAUAUGACUCCUUUACCUGAGUCUGAUGUUGCAUAUAAAACUUGUAUGAAGAUACGAUCACAUGAUUUGUCAAAUGACUAUUAGUUGUCACAUGAUUCAUUAUAGAUAUAUCACGUGAUAUAUGGUUCCUAAUGAUUAAAAUGGUAAUUAUUUAUGUUUGUUGAUUUUAUCACUUAUUCAGUGUUUUACUGUACUGUUUUAAAAGUGUGUUGAGCUCACUGUUCACUUGGCUUGACAAAAACUGGAUUGAAACAUUGCCAGUUCAAUUUAAUGGUGUAAUAAAAUACUUCUUUGAAAAUUAUUUGAUGGUGUUGCUGCUCAUUUACUACAUUAAUGCCAUUCGGAUCAGGAGUGUAUAUUGCACACAUAUGCAUUCAUUUCUGUGUAUGUUGCCAGCCACCUUAUUAUUGUUUGUUAAAGCAUUGUCCACUUGCUCCACUCAUUUAGUUGGUAUGCGCUGGUGUUCCAGCAUAAAUCAAAACUCCUGCCAUACUUGGCAGUUGUAAUUCAGAGGCUCUAUAUCUUUCUUAAGGGAGCCAUGUAAGAAAUGUCAGAAAUGUAAUAUAUAUAUUUUCUCUUUGAGCAUUAAUAGAGGUGUAGAACUAUUUUUUUUUAAUUAUUUUUUUUUUCAUUUUGCAGGCAAUUCCAUAUACAACUAAUAUCUUUGGGGGAUUUUUUCCUUCCAAAACAAUUGUUAUAAAUGGAACAGUUUCGGUACAUCCCAAAAGGUAAAAUGCAAGUUUUCUAUAGGUAGGAUCUUUUACUAAAGUGGUAUAUAUCGACUGUUCAGCUUCAUAUAUGGCAUUAGAAAGACUGCAGAGGCGGGCUACAAAAUUAAUAAAAAGAAUGGAACAUUUUAGCUAUGAAGAAAAUGUAACAAAUUUAAACCUCUUUAGUUUAGAAAAACGUCGCCUGAGAGGGGAUAUGAUAACAUUAUACAAAUAUUUUCGGGGCCAGUACAAACCAUUGUGUGGAAAUCUAUUCACAAACAGGACUUUACAUAGGACACGAGGUCGUGCGUUUAGACUGCAAGAAAGAAGAUUUAGUCUAAGGCAAAGGAAAGGUUUUUUUACCGUAAGAACAAUCAGGAUGUGGAAUUCUCUGCCUGAAGAAGUGGUUUUUAUCAGAGUCAGUACAGAUGUUUAAACGGCAACUAGGUGCAUACAUGCAAAAACAGAAUAUUCAAUUAUAUCAUUUUUCAACUGUAGGGUAAUAGCUUCUUGAUCCAAGGAUAAAUCUGACUGCCAUUCUGUGGUCAAGAGGGGAUUUUUUCCCUAGUUUGUUGCAAAAUUGGAAGUGCUUCAAACUGGGUUGUUUUGAAUUCUUUUGGAUCAACAGUAAAAAACAAAUGUGAGGAAGGCUAAACUUGAUGGAUGCAAGUCUCUUUUCAGCUUAUGUAACUAUAUAAAAUGCUGUCUAAACUAAUUUAAUAGUAUUUUAUUGGCUGGUUAUUAUUAUUUAAUAAUGCUGUGUCUUAAGGGCAUAGGAGAGUUGAACGUGGAAAGGUGAAGUGUUUCAUAUAGUCCCCCCAAAAAUACCCUUUUUUCAAAAUACUGCUCUCAUCCAUUUAAAUGCUCUCUAUAAGAAGUAUAUAAAUUGAAGGACUGAGUCUGGCUCGAAUCUCACAGUGUAAGUGCUACUAAUUUCUACAAAACAGCAAUGUGAAACAUUGCAAGGUUAAAACAGCAGUGAUGAAGUGAAGAUGAAAUGAACUGGGUGCCUAUAAUGUCCUAUUAAUGAGAGAACAGAACAAAGGACAUCUUGGUGAAGGCAAUGGGAGGAGGCUAUAGGGAAGAGAGAAACACAAAUCCGAGCAUAUUUAAAUAUAUAUUUUAGAUGUGAAGUAUCAGGGGUAUGUUAAUAAGAAUUUUUGAGUCAUGAAACUUGUAAAAAUGCUAUAUUGCACUUCACUAAAACGCUUUUUUAACCUUAGAUUUCAUAUCAACCUGAAAUUCAAAGAUGGGACUGCACUGCACUUCAACCCAAGGUUUGAUGAGAACACAAUUGUACGAAACAGUCGUCUAAAUAACAGCUGGGGCAAAGAGGAACGUCAAUUGUCGGGCCAUGGGAUGUGUUUUGCACCAGGACAAAGCUUUGUAGUAAGUUUGGACAUAGAUUGGAAAUUUGCAUGUUUCGAAUUCUAAGUAUUGAUCAUGUAGGCAUUCAAUUAAAUGUUGAGUUACUGAGAUCUGGGUUUUCAGCAUUUUGGGUCUAGCAUUGCCAUUGUGUGCUGAUAUACGACUUCAAUUUCAUAAUGUCUCCUUCCACAGAUUCAAAUCAUCUGCGAACCCCAUGCUUUCAAGGUGAAUGUAAAUGGGCACCAUGUGUGUGACUUCAAUCACCGCGUACACAAUUUGCAGCAAAUAGACACUCUUGAAAUUGACGGAGAUGUCACUCUUCAGCAUGUCCAGAUUUGAAGAUGGAUAACCAGAUGUGGUUUUUGUUUAUGUACACUUCAUUUUUAAUUUCAAUUAUGAUCAUUGCUUUGAUUUUUAAUGUGACUAAGGUAACUGUGAAUUUGAUGCUGCUUAGUCUGCCCACUUUAUUUUAAGAACCUUUGUAUGUAAGAUGAGGUUGCAAACAAGGUGUGUUUUAUUUGUAGUUAGUGGUCCAAAGACAAGGAAAUAAAAGGUGUUACAAUAUCGCUCCCUUCAGAAAAAAGUAGAUUAGUACAGAAAAUAGGGUUCAUUUGUUAAACUGUGUAUAGUGAGUUGAAAGCCAAAUUGUAAUAUUCAGGACCAUAUAGCUGUGAAAAUAUUUUCCAGCUCAAGUCACAGCUUGAUAUUUUUGUCUACAUUUUGGAAUUCAGUUUUGAGUUUACAACAGAUUGGUUUUUUUUAUUAUUGUGUAAACCCCAAUGGUUCAUUAAAGUUCUGUAUUUACUAAGCUAUUUAUUAAUCAAUCAGUUAACUAUGGUAGUUAGAGGAUAAGAGAUUUUGCAACAGUUAGAUAAAAUACAAAUGAAAUAUUGUUAAGUGCUUACUGGAAUAUGGGUGGAAGGAUCUAAAACCAAUAAAUGCAAACGUGAUACAGCAUGCACAAUAUGGUGCUAACCUUGCAAAUGUAGCACAAAUCUAUAAACUCUGUAUUUCCUUAAGGAGUGCUGGACCCGUACUUUUUAAUUUUCAUUUUGCCAUAUUUAGAUAAAUGAACAAGGCUAGUAUAUUCUCAGUUCUCAAUCUUUGAGUAAUCCUUUUGUUCAAAAACCACACACAGUGUUCAUAUUAAAAACGUUGGCAAAAUAUAUGUAGAUUUUUUUUAAUAUUCAACAAAAGGAAAUGCUGUUGAGGAUGUGGUCUAAACACGUUUGUAUCUCAUGACUUACAUCAGUACCCUUUAAUGUAUAACAUUUAAAAAAGAAAUUAAAUAUAUAUACUUGCUAAUUCAAAUAACUUAAUAAAAUGCUAAAUCAGUUUCUAUUUUUUUUUAAAUAUUUUUCUCGUCAUUAAUAUUUGAAUCUACUAUU